AAUUUGGACAUCUCCGUCUCUCGGACCAUAGCGAAGAAAAGGGGAAAGGAGGAUCGAAUCAGCUUCUAGUCUUUCCGAAACCUAACGCAGUAAUAUUUCAGGACAGUACUUACGCCAUUGCCGGAUUUCAAGAUCUUGAAGUUUUCAGGUUUUCAUAAUACCGAAGUCUCGUCUUAGCCCCAAUGGAAGAGAUCCAACCAAGCACAACACAUCUCGAUUGGGAGAAAGAACCACCAGUGAUCAACUUAUCGUUUGGCAUCAAAGAUGAACCUCCAAUUGCUGGAAUCCAAUAUAGCAGUGAGCACGAUGAUGAUGAUGAUGAUGAUGAUAAUGCAGAUCCUGAAGAUUCAAUGCUCUGUCUUUGGGGUUCAAGGCUUGUCCAUGCCGGGUUUUCUAGGGUUAAGUGUACAGAGGAUUUUGUGAUGUUUGUGAAUGCUGGUGGUGGGACAUUAAGGGAAGAAGAUGCCAAUAUGAUAUUCAAGCCCGACAUCUGCUUCCAAGGAGGGAAUGUUUUAAGAACAGAUGAGAGUAUAAUAGAUGGGGGAGACUAUCCAUUGAUCUAUCAGUCCGCACGGUUUGGAAACUUCUUUUACCAUUUUGACAAUCUUUCACCUGGAGAUUAUUUUGUUGACCUUCAUUUUGCGGAGAUCAUAAACACAAAUGGACCCAAAGGAAUGAGGAUCUUCAAUGUCUAUGUGCAGGAAGAGAAGGUUUUAUCUGAACUUGAUAUUUACUCAAUUAUUGGAGCCAAUAAGCCAUUGCAACUGAUUGAUGCCAAGGUCUCUGUGGGUGAGGAUGGUGCAAUAACAAUAAGGUUUGAAGAAGUACAAGGAAGCCCACUGGUCAGUGGGAUAUGCAUUAGGAGAGCACCAAAAUUUUCUGCUACCCAGGUGAAAUCUGAUCACCUUAUUUGUAAAUACUGUGCUGCUGAGAUAGAAGUUCCUUCAGAUCAGAAGAAACUUAUGCGGAUGAAAUUUACAGCCAAGUAUGAGAAAAAGAUAGAAGAAUUGACUACCCAGUGCAAGCUGAAGACAGAUGAGUGCCACGAGGCUUGGAUGUCUCUGACAGCUGAAAAUGUGCGGCUAGAGAAGGUUAUGAUGGAACUUGACAAUAAGGUCUUCCAAAUUCACUCCCAAGAUCAAGCUAUGGAAAAGCAAGGGACAGAACUGAGGGAUAUCUGUAGUAGAUAUGACCAUGAUAAGAAGUUCUGGAUUGCUGCUGUUAAUGAUUUAGAAGAAAAAUUUAAGACUCUGAAACAGGAGCAUUCUAAACUCUCUCAUGAAGCUCAUGAGUGUGCUGAUUCAAUUCCAGAAUUGAAUAAAAUGGUCUUUGCAGUACAGGCUUUGGUUGCACAGUGUGAGGAUCUUAAAGUGAAGUAUAGUGAAGAGCAGAUAAAGAGGAAAAAACUCUUCAAUCAAAUCCAGGAAGCAAAAGGGAAUAUCAGGGUUUUCUGUCGAUGCCGUCCACUAAGUAAGGGGGAAGUUUCUGCAGGGUACGCAACAAUUGUAGACUUUAAUGCAGCCAAGGAUGGAGAAUUAGGGAUUUUGAAUGGUGGUACAAUGAAAAAGACCUUCAAAUUUGACAGAGUUUAUACACCAAAGGAUGAUCAAGCUGCUGUGUUUGAGGAUGCCUCAUCCUUGGUGAUAUCAGUGUUAGAUGGAUAUAAUGUCUGCAUAUUUGCAUAUGGGCAAACGGGGACAGGAAAGACUUUUACGAUGGAGGGUACAGAGCAGAACCGGGGAGUCAAUUAUAGGACUCUGGAUCAGUUGUUCAAAAUCAUGAAGGAUAGGAGUGAGACUUUUAAAUACAAUAUAUCAGUUAGUGCGCUUGAAGUCUACAAUGAGCAGAUCAGGGACUUGCUUGCCACAUCACCAGCAUCCAAAAAGUUGGAGAUACGGCAAGCUUCCGAAGGGGUUCAUCAUGUUCCAGGAAUUGUUGAAGCCAAAGUUGAGAACAUAAAAGAGGUCUGGGAUGUUCUACAGGCUGGAAGUAAUGCUAGGGCUGUUGGAUCCAACAACGUGAAUGAGCAUAGCAGCCGGUCUCAUUGCAUGCUUUCUAUAAUGGUAAAAGCGAAGAAUCUGUUAAAUGGAGAGUGCACAAAGAGCAAACUUUGGCUUGUGGACUUAGCAGGCAGUGAGAGGCUUGCAAAAACUGAAGUGCAAGGUGAGCGGCUCAAGGAAGCUCAGAAUAUCAAUAGAUCACUUUCGGCCCUUGGGGAUGUCAUAUCUGCUCUAGCAAGCAAAAGCAGUCAUAUUCCAUAUAGGAAUUCCAAAUUGACACAUUUGCUCCAAGAUUCAUUAGGGGGUGAAUCCAAAACUCUGAUGUUUGUGCAAAUAAGCCCUUCAGAACACGACUUAGGUGAGACAUUAAGUUCAUUGAACUUUGCAACUCGGGUUCGAGGAAUUGAGUUGGGUCCUGUAAAGAAGCAGAUUGACAUUAGUGAGCUUCAAAAGAUGAAAACAUUGCUUGAAAAAGCACAGCUGGAGUCUAGAUCAAAAGAUGAUUCCUUACGGAAGCUGGAGGAUAACAUUCAAAACUCUGAAAAUAAGGCUAGAAGCAAAGAUCAGCUUUGCAAAAAUCAACAGGAAAAAGUAAAAGAACUUGAAAGCCAGCUUGAGUUGAAGAUAGAGUUACACAGACAGCUGGAGAAGCAAUGUCGGCAUCUUGCAGAGAAAUUGAAGGGAAGUGAAGAAACUUGCAUGACCCUUCAACAAAAGGUUAAGGAGCUUGAAAACAAGUUGAAAGAGAGACAGCAAAUGGAGUCUAUCACUUUUCAACACAAGGUCAAAGAUCUUGAAGAGAAGCUGAAAGACAGAGAACUUCAGUCUGUAUCAGAUUCUAUCACCCUUCAGCAAAAGGUCAAGGAACUGGAGAGCAGGCUGAAAGAGCAAGAACAAAACUCAGAGUCCAAAUUCCUUAAGCAGAAGGUUAAGAAGCUUGAAGACAAACUAAGAGAGCGAGAACAAAAGGAUUCUAUGCUACUAUUGAAUCCAACAGGGAAGUCAGGAGUAGCUACCCCAACUGAAGGAAAGGCCCAGUCCAGGGAGGAAUCCAUGAGUGAAAUUGAUCCCCAGAUUCUAAGGAGCUCAAGUUCAAUCAAUCGCCCAAUGAAUCAUGGUUCUGUUUUGCUACGUGGGACUGAACCCCUCCAUGAGAUUAAGAGGAAAAGAGAUAUCCAAAGUGGUGAGGUGGAGAACAAUUCUUCACUUGUAAAGAAGAGCUCAAGUUCAAUCAAUCGCCCAAUGAAUCAAGGUUCUGUUUUGCUACGUGGGACUGAACCCCACCAUGAGAUUAAAAGGAAAAGAGAUACCCAAAGUGGUGAGGUGGAGAACAAUUCCUCACUUGUAAAGAAGAGGGUGCGAACUGAGCUUGGGAAAGUUAGGCAAAUUGACCCAGUUAAACCGUUGACGAGAGUUACAAGACCAACCAAACCAGUUAAUACUGCUCCAAAGAUUUUUCCUCGUGGCAGAAUCAGCAGAGAUCAGGUCCAAGGAAUCAAGGAGAGAGAUAAGACUAGGGGAUGGUCAAGAUAGUGAAAGACGUGAAAACUAGUGAAGCCAGGCCUGUCUUGGAUGUAUCCAUACCAUCCUUCCUCUCUUCUUCUCCCCCCUCCUACUUAAACACAAGCAAAAGUCCUUGUAAGCAAAUGUUCUCACUGUUGAAUGGAGGAGAAUCAUAGCAGUUACUGGAAAUGUAUUCCAUGACACAAACAGAUAUUGAUCUUGAGCCCAAUUUUUCUGGGUUGAGAAGGGUUGAAAUGUUAGCAAUAUAAUCUUUGAUGCAUGCAUAUAAAUUAUGCUGAAGCAGAAACAUUAGUGUACAAACGUUCUCACCAUCUAAUCGGAAGUUAAUAUGGUGACAGUAGCUCAAAUUUGAAAAUUCAGGAUCAAGGAUUUGUUAAUGAAUGAACUAAAAUAUGGUGAUAAACCAAUUUCUCUA